AUACAAUACGCUCCAAGUGUCAGGUAGCCGAACCGCUCCAACAUUUGCGAAAAUGUAGUGAAAAGAAAGGCGGAAAAAUAUGACCUGAGUUACAGGACCCAAAAGAAAAUUUGCCGGCAAUAACGACAAAAGGUUUCCGUCGUUCCCACGGCAGUCGGGUCCACGUAACUGGAUAUAUCGGAUAUCCAAAAAUAUUAUAAAAAUAACUAAUCACCCCWAUCAUGCAUUUCGAUUACGUUCCCGCUCUACGCUCCGCUGGAGUUGAAAUUAGGUAUCAUGUGUUGCAAUUGGAUUGAAAGAAGGAGAGGAAGAGCUAUAACUCUUUCGAAAUCAGCUGUUUGCCUUGAAAUAUGUGAAACUGGAACAUAAAGCAAAGCAAAAAUACACAAACUACUGCUGUUCAAAUUUAUUUUCUUAAUAAAUAAAAGUAAAUUUUUAUUAUUUUUAUUUAACUUAAUUAUGGAAUCUUUAUCCGCGGCGAUAUCACUGGUUGAGGAGGAGAGCAGCGCAUCUCAGGAUGCUGGGGUGAGAAUUGAAAGGAGAAGAUUACGGGAUAUGUGCGAUCACUUCCAGAUGAAUGACGGGCUAUUCAAAAAAAACGUUCGCCCAAAUAAGGACGCAUUCAAGUAUGUCCUAGAUACGUUUGCGGAAGAAACGACGGCAAGUACUUUGUCCUCGUUAUCUCCGCUUAACAUUGUGGUAUCCGCUUUAAGAUUUUUUGCGGAAGGCAGUUACCAGCAUGGAGUUGGCGCAGAUCACAAUGUUGGAAUGGCACAGUCAACCGUGUCAAAGUGGCUAUCAAAUUUUCUCAAUAUAAUGCAGCGGAAGCUAUGCUCACAGUGGAUAAAAUUUGAGCAAAAUGAGAUAGAAAAGCAGGAAGCAGAACCAAAUUUUUUUACGAAAGCUGGUUUCCCAGGUGUUAUCAUGUGCGUUGAUGGUACGCACAUAAAACUAAUCAAGCCAUCCGAUGAACCUUUUCUUUAUUACAAUAGAAAAGGAUUUUAUAGCAUCAAUGCUAUGGUGGUGUGCGACCACAAAUUGACGCUAGGUAUCCUGGAAUUUGAUAAUGAAAACCGUCAAGAGGAAGAGGAAAAGGAACAAACCAAUGACCCUGAAUUUACAUCAACAGCAAAUCGUAUUCGUGACAACAUGCUCUCUACUUUUUAAUAAAUUUGAGA